UCGAAAAUAUCAAAAAUGUCUCAUAUUAAGAUAGAUCAGAAGGAAUAUUUGAAAAAAUAUCUUUCAGGAGAUGUAGGAGACGACAAAAAGAAGAAGAAAAAGAAAAAAGUGAAAGAAAUCAAGGGAAAAACCGUUACAGUAGUCGACGAUGAUUGGGAUUUUUCAAAAAUUAAGAAUAUGGAUGACAAUGCUGAGAUUGAAGCUUCUCUCUUGAUGAACGAAGAUGCUCCUCAAAUUGUUGGUGUCAUUGACGAACGCCCGCCCGAAUUGAAAGCGUUGGAUUACAAAAACAAACUAUGGAAAGGAUUGAAUGAAGUUGAUGAAACGAGCAGAGAUUCUGAUGGUUCGAAGCGACGGCAGGAGAGAAAAAGAAGCGAAGAUUUGUCCCCAAGGAGAUCGAGGAGAGAUAAAAGUGAGGAUUUAUCGCCCCAAAGGCCGAGAAAAAACAAAUAUGAUGAUGAUUUGUCUCCGAAGAGAUCUCGCCGAGAUAAAAGCGAAGACUUUUCACCUCCAAGACAUCGGAAAAGAAGAGAAAGUGACGACGACUUAUCGCCAAAGCGUUCAAGGAAACGAAAUGAAGAUUUAUCGCCGCCGAGAAAUCGUAAAAAUAGACACAGUGACGAAGAUUUGUCUCCAAAAAGAGCAUCACGAAGAAACAGAUCGCCCGACAACUCGCCUCCGCGACGAAAAAACGAAAGAGAUUUGUCGCCUAAAAGACGCAAACCAUCAAGAUUUACAGAUGCUUCUCCGACACGUCAAAGUCUAAGUCCCAAUAAAGUUCGUAAAGAUUUAGAUUUGUCUCCCAUUCGCAAAAAUCAUCGAUCUGCAGAUGAGAGAAGAGAAAGAAAACGAAGCUCUGACCUUUCUCCUCGUCGAAAUCGAAGACAAUCUCCAAGUAGCUCACGUGCACGAGAUUUUUCGCCCGAACGACGUUAUCAAAAACCAUCAAAACGUCAAGUUAGUGACUCGCCUCCUCCAACUCACGGUAAAAUGAAACGCACAAUGGAUGGAAAAGUUGCUGGAUUACAAGAUGCGGCAAAUUUGAAAGUUGAAAAUGCGAAACACAGCAAACGCGAGUCUGAAAUGUACGAAAAUAUGACGGAUGAAAUGUCAGGAAGAAAUGCCGAAGCAAGAGUUCGUGCCACGGGAGCUGUUGAUCGUCGAAAACUCGAGGCAAAUUUGGCAAAAGAACGUGAAAAAGAGGAAAAAUACGCGGAACGCAAACAAGUUUACGACAAAUGGGGAAAGGGCGUUAAGCAACUUGAAGAUUACAAAGCGCAUUUGGAACAAGCAGCUCGUGAUGCGAGCAAACCAUUUGCCAGAUAUGCGGGAGACGAAGACGUUGAACGACAUUUGAAGGAACAAGAGAGACUUGAAGAUCCAAUGUUGCAGUACAUGCGUUCAAAGAAACAGAAAAAGGAUGUAAAGGAAAAAGUUCCCAUGAAACCCAUUUACAAAGGACUCUUUCCUGACAAUCGAUUCAAUAUUCGGCCUGGAUAUCGAUGGGAUGGCGUUGAUCGAUCAAAUGGAUAUGAAAAACGUCAUUUUGAAGCCAUUAACGUGCGAAAGGCAACCGAAGAAGAAGCGUAUUUGUAUUCAACAGAAGACAUGUAGUUCGGUUAUUUUUUUAAAUAUUUAACAAAAAUGCAUACAAAAAUGAGAUUUUUUAAAUUCUUAACGACGACCUCC